AUGGAAGUAACCUCCACUUUGUUAGAGAAAAAUAAGAGCGUCUCAGAUGACUCAUCUGAAGUUGUUCCAAAGGAAAAGAAGUUUUUCGUUUCAUCAAUUGGUAAAGCUCAUUUGAUAAAUUCUCUCUAUGGAAUUGGUUACACGAUACAAAUUGCGAUGUUGCCAUACAUGUUGAUAAACUCCAAUGCAGGAAUUGAGCACAAUGGAUACCUGCUGACAAUAUUUUCUCUACUGCAAUUCGUAGGAUCCCUAUUUUUUGGCAGAUUAGCAGACAUAUGGGGAGUAAAGAAGUCCUUUUAUUUAUCCCUUUGUUGUUCGAGCUUGAUGUAUCUUAUGCUGACUUUGUGCAGAUCCUCUUGGACAUACUACAUCAGCUUUCUUCCCUCAUUCUUCAUGCAAACAUUUCAAGCCUCAUCUCUACUGGUAUGUCUCAAAACAGACAGUGAAAAAAGAACAUCUGCAAUUGGGUACUUGAACUUAAGUUAUGGUUUAGGGAUAAUUUUAGGUAGUCUCUUGGCAGGAAUGAUGGUGAAUUUUUUAGGUCCUAGAGGAAAUUUAUUUAUCGCAUUUGUUUCUCAAAUAAUUGCAUUAUAUAUAGCUAGAACUUUGCAUGAAGAUCCGAAACUAUUAAAAAAUACAAAUAUAGGAGAUAUAAAAAUAAAUGAAAUUUUGAAUGGCAUACAAAAUGAAUACAUAAGAGUUUUAAAUUUAUUUAAAAAAACAUAUGGUAUUUGUUUACUAAUCUUGUUUGGAUUAUUACCUAUAUUAAUGACUAAGUAUGCAUUCGCCCCAGUUGUAGUAGAUAUGUUUAAAUUAACUCCAUCACAUACAUCUUACUUAAUGACAUAUGCAGGAAUUCUAACAAUUAUUGCUGAGGGUAUUUUUGCUCCUUAUUUAAGUUCUCUAUUAGGAGAUAUGAUAUGUUGUAAAUUCUCAAUACCUUUAACAUUAUCUGGAUUUUUAUUAUUAUCAUUAUGUGGUGCAAAUGAAUCUCUUGUUCUUAUAUUCAUGUCUAUUCCCUUAUGUGGAGGUGCCUUGCUAUACAUUUGUGGAACUAGUCAAAUGACAAAGAGAGUUGAUGAAUCCGAGUUAGGAACCGUUAUUGGUUUGAAUACAUCCAUUUUUUAUGCUGUUACUAUAGUGGCACCCUACUUAGCCUUUAAGUCUUACAUUGCCUUUGGACUUGGAUUAUACUGGCUCUUUUGUGCUUUUAUCUGUUUAGUAAUCACCACAUACAUUUUCCUCCUAGACAAAUCCACAUUAAAAAUAUUUAAGGAAGACCACGACAGUCUCGAGACCAUGUUCUCCAGCAUGAAAUUCGCAUGGUAA